AUGUGCAGAAAUCAACUUGAUUGGGAUAGUCCUCUCCCAGAUAAAUUGAUAACUCAGUGGGAAAAAUGGAGGAUAGAUCUUCAACACCUGAAAGAUUUAGAGAUUGCAAGGUGUUUCAAACCAAAGGAUUUUGGAGACGUUGUUACUACGGAACUACACCAUUUCUCAGAUGCUAGUACAAAGGGAUAUGGGCAGCGUUCUUAUGUUCGUUUGGUAGAUGAAAAAGAGACCGUUCACUGUACCCUAGUUAUGGCCAAGUCUAGAGUUGCCCCCCUGAAGCCUUUAACCUUACCCAGACUUGAACUAACCGCAGCGGUUGUGUCUGUAAGAAUGAGCCUGAUACUACAGAGUGAGUUGGAGUACGCAAACUUAACAGAGUGGUUUUGGACGGACAGCAGUGUAGGUCUGGGAUAUAUUGCUAACGACACUGGACGAUUUCAUGUGUUUGUCGCCAAUCGUAUUCAACAAAUUCGUGAUGUCAGCAAACCAUUUCAGUGGAAUUAUGUUAGCUCUAGCAAUAAUCCAGCUGAUGUCGCAUCUCGUGGUGCAUCUGCUACAGAACUCGUAAAGAAAUCUAAUUGGUUUUCUGGACCAGAUUUCCUGUGGAUGAAAAACCCUCUGGAAAAUUGUGAUGUGAUUAAUCAUGACAUUCCUGACGAUGACACAGAAAUAAAACGAUGUCGCAUAUUAGAAACACAAACAACUUUAGGGGAAAUUGGGGCAAGUGGGACACUUUAG